CUGUCCAUCAGACGGUCAUAUUUCUCUUUCUGACAGACAGCGCAGAUCGGCUCGGCUGAUGGACAUGAGGUCUCUGCAGUUACUAUCAGUGUUGUUGGCUCUCGUAAGGGAAGGCGAGGGACAGAAACUAACAGUGUCUCUCCGGCCAAAGUUCCCACAGGUGUUUGUUGGAGAUGACGUCACUCUGAUCUGUAACCGUGAAGGAGGGAGUAAACCAACAAAAUGGUUUUUUAAUAAAGUAGGCCUACCACAAACACAUCAGGAUUAUUCAAUGCUUAUUACUGCAGUAACACCAGAAAACAGCGGGGUGUAUGAGUGUGAGCAGGGCGGCACGAGGAGUGAGUCGUUCACACUCACUGUACUGGAGCUGGAGCCUUACGCUCAGCUCUCUCCAUCUGCAGGAGGUGCUGUGAUGACCAAAGGAGAUGGAAAAAACCUGGUGCUGCAGGCGGACGAUGAUCUGAAGGACUGGGCUUGUUUUGUGUUGAGAGAAGUGAGCACCUUCAGUCUAGGAGUCGAUGUUGAUGAGAAGAUGAACAGAGCUGUUAUAUUUGCAGAAUUAAAGGAGGCAGAAAGAGCCACUUUCUGGUGCAAGAAAAAGAAAAGCGAUCUUCGAAGCAAUGCAGUGACGCUGAAAAAGACAGAGCUCAUGGUGAUGUUGGUUCCUCCGGCCGUUCCUGCGCUGCAGGGGGAGCCUGUGGCUCUCAGGUGUGUAGUCUGGGGUGGAGCGAAGCUGGAAAAGGUUGUCUUCUAUAAGGAUAAAUCAGAAAUCCCGAGCUCAUCUGAAGGCACAUACACCAUCACCAACGCCACACAAAGUGAUAACGGGAAGUACAGCUGCCACGCCACCUACAGGUUCAUCCACAUCAGUGCAGAGGCUGCACAGAAGGAAGGAGAUUCUGAUGCUCAGGAGUUAAAAGUUAUAGGUGGACCUCCUGCUGCAGUGAUUUCAGCGUCUACUAACAGUCUGCAGUGUUCCUGCCCUCACUGUCCUGACGACUGCACAUCCUACCACUGGUAUCACACACUCUUUAAUGACCCAUACGCACGCAAGAAACUAUCUGAAAACGACCAGUCUAUUACUGUAAAGGAAAAAGGACAGUACCGCUGCCGGAGGGAGUGUGGGAAAGGUUUCUCCCGUUUCAGCAACGUCUACAGCAAAGCACAAUCAGAUCCUGCAAACGUGAUGCCAAUCCUGGUGGCGGUGAUUCUGAUCGUUCUCGGGUUGUUGAUCGUCUUGCUGAUCGUGCUGAAACGCAGACGUGGAGGAAGCAACAUCCAGGAGACCAAACGGGAUGAAGACAAGACGACAGGUGGAGACUAUGAGCAAAUCCAACUCAAGGACAAGGAUAAGGCAGUUUACCACACCCUGGGCGAGAGCACGAGCAAGGACAAGGCCGAGGGGGGUUACGAACCCCUACAAAAGAGGCAGGAGGAGGGGAUGUACCACACAGUAGGACCUGGAGAGGGUCAGAGUGAAGGUGAAGGUGGGUACGAGGCUCUUAAGAGCGUCAAAGCCGAGGUGUACCAGACACUGAGCUCAGACGACUCAAAAAAGCCAGCAGGAGAAGCAGAGGGAGGGUAUGAGCAGCUUCCUCAGAAAGGCAAAGAUUACGAGGCCGUGACAGUGGAGGAAAAUCCAUACGAAGAAGUGAAGAAACAGACGGGCAAAGAGAAAGAAUGAAGGAAUCUGGGAAAGACUAAGCACCACAAUUGUCAAAUGCUAUUUAGUCAUUGAAGGCAAUGCAGUCUUUCUAAAAACCUUGCCAAAAGUUAAAACAGUUUAAUGCAGGUUAUUGUAUUAAAUGUAAUGUAUUACAAGAAUACUUGGAACUCCACCCAAAAAAAAAAAAUAAUAAUAAUUUGUACACCACUUAUCUAUAAUAGAUAUAUCUAUCUAUAUAUAUAUAUACACACACACAUUGAUUAGUUUUCUAAAAAUCUUCGUUCGUGUUCUUCAGAAAAAUGUUUACACACACACACACACACACACACACACACACACUGUGAGUCCAUAAAAGCAACGUUACCUCUAAAAUUGAAGCCUCAGAAACCACACAAAGCGAAGACUACACACACAUGACUCCGGUUAAUGAAUCAAAGUCUUUUGAAACAAAACGACAGAUGUGUGUAAAAAAAAAAUACUGAUAUUUCAAACGUUGAAAAAAAAAAAAAAAAAAAAAAGUUUAAUCUAUAAACAAAGAUUAUAUUGAAAAUGUUCUUGGCACCACUUCCUUCCAACCGUCACCCGCGGCAGGGUUGCCAGGUUUCCUCAGCAAAACCCGCCCAAUUGCUACUCAAAACUAGCCCAAAACUAGCCUAAUGGCUUUUCAGUGGGGUAAAAUACACGUUUUUUGGCGGAGUCCCCCUGAUAAAAGUCGCGUUCCUGGGGCUAAAUAUCACAUUACUGGGGUCGCUUCAACCCGCGGGCAUGAAAAACAUCCCGCGGAAAGAGCGUUAAAGUAGCCCAAUUCCGCGGUAAAACCGCGGACUUGGCAACAUAGGUCUCUGCAGGAAAGUAAUGGGAGUUACCAGAUCAGGGCGUUUUUAGACCAUGUUACCUGAUUGGCUGAUGUCAUAGUGAAGGUAGGUUUAGGAGUGGGGUUAGGUAAGGGGGAUCAUUUUGAUUGCAUGGUUUAGAAACACCCAGCAGUUUGAAAACACCCAGAAAAUCAGAAAUGCCCACUUUUGCACUGCAGAGACCUCAAUCUCCAAGACACUGAACCCGCGGGUUCAUGAAAGCGCGCGUAAUGAAACUCUCGCGAGAAUUGUAGCGAAAGCACAGAGGACCGUCAUUUUCGAACGGCAUUCCUUUAAUAUUAUGAAAGUUACGAUAAUAUUCUCAAAUAAUACAUUUGACAAAAUAAGCGUCACCUUUGGGAUACCUAUGUAUGAAUAUUUGAGAUGUUCUGGAGGGUGAACGUAUAACUUGUAGUAAUCUUGACCUUUUAACCUGCAACUAUGUCAAAAUCCUCCUCAAAAGUAUGUUUCAGGAGAUCCCAGAUAAAUCACUGCAACUCUCAUUCACAUCCGACUAUAUUUUGAUCAGAAACGCCACUUUAUACAGUCACAUCAGUUCCUGAAGGACAAAAUCAGAUACCAAACUAACAUUUCUAAUUUUGCACUGAAGCAUUUCCAGACGCUACUGGUGAAAAAACAGGCUAACACAAUUCAACUUUAAAGUGAUUUAAAGAAAUACAUAUAAUAAUCUCAUAAUAUGAAAGCAUAUAAAUAUAUAGUUUACACACAUACACAAAAAAAAAAAAAAAAAGUAAACAAGAUUACAGAUACCACGCACAGAUUCACACAUUCAGACACAUUUAUGAGAAUUCAGAUAGCCUACAUAAUUCUGUAUAUAACAGGACAAAGAAGACAAAAAAUAAAAAUAAAGUUUUGCAUAAUAACACAGAAGGGUUUAGGCCUAAAGCACAGAAAUUCCAAGGCAUCACAUUUAAAUAAGCAUCAAACACAGAAUUGCACAAAAUCAGUUAUUGGGAAUAUCUGAGAAUUUAUAGUUAUACAGAUUAUGCUAUCUAUUAAAGAUAAGUAAUGAUAUUACUCAGCAAGUAUCACUCUCAUCCAACUGUAAAUGCAAUUUGCACUGUAGUCUGUUUGCACUAUUUCAAUGUUUCAUCAUGUUUAUCUUCAGACUUUAAUUUUACUUCAUGCACAUUGUUGUUUUGUAGGUUGUUUUUAGGUUGGUUAGAUGGUUUUACUAGGUUGGUUAUUAGGUUGUAAAUAUUUUAAGAAUUUCAUGCAUUUUCAGCUUGUUUAAUUGUGGAUGUGCAUCAAAUAGAGCACAGCUGUAUAACUGAACGCAAUAUGCAAUAUUACAUUUUUACUGCAAGGCAACUGUAGUUCAGUCUUUCUUCACUAAAGGGCAAAUUUGGUUACUCGUUAUCAAAGCCAGUCCUGCCGAGGUUCACCACAAGAGGUCACUGCAGGAUUUAUUUGGUUUUCAGAGUUACACACAGUGGUUUGUCAUUUUAGUUAUAUACUUUUUAUUCCUGUUUCUCAUAAAAUCCUUGUGUGUCAAAUUAAAUUGCAUAUAAACGAA